CUCUGUCAUUUUCUGCUUCUUCUACAGAUAGAAUCCAGCUGCUUCUUCUUUUCUCUUGGUUAUUCUGUUUGCUUAUUUGAAUCUCCUAAAAUAGACAAGAGAAAGAAACCUCAUUUCAUCCGUUAUUGCCCUAAAUUUCUUAUAGGCCAUUCGCAAUUUCAGGAAUCACUCACAUUCGAUUCCAAACUCUCUCUCUCCAAUAAUCUUACAAUCUCUCUUUCUCUCUCUCCGUGAUUCUUCUUCUUCUCUACUGACGAAGACUACCCGCAAUUUCAAUUUGUUUUUUCUUCAAAAGAAAAAAUAAGAAAAAAGUGAGACCCAGAAUACCUAUCGACGGUUUAAUCGGAAUCAGACUUGCUGAGCUUGCAUUUCCCAGUUUUUUUAGAUCUACAAAAUCUCCUCUCUUUUCGUUUCCUUUCCUCCAGGAUUUCAUUACAUUUGAAUUUUUAGGAUCUGCGUCAAAAUCCAUUAAGUUCCGGGAUUGGAUUAUUGGUAGAAUCAUCCAUCUAAGUUCGAAUUUGGUAUAAAGAUCACAAACAGAUUUGAUAUAAAAGCUCGAAUCUUUGUUCCCUGUGGGGAUUGGUGGUAGGAGGAUUUGCUUUUCAGUGAGGAAGAACAAGAGGUUAGAAGCAUAAGGAGGCUAAUUAAACCAAGCAGUUUCCUGAUUCCGAUCAGGAAACUGUGGAGAAUUAUGGGUUGCAAUUGCUCGAAAGGAACACGAGCCAAUGAUAGCGAGAACAACAACAACAAUGUGAAGGAGAGAAGACGCAAGCCUAAUAGUAAAACCACCCCCAAGAAGAAGAAAAACUCUGCUUCCUCGACCAAAGCCGAUGUAGGAUCCGAGGAAAGAGCCGGCUUUAUCAACAACGAACCCACCUUUAGGUUGUUAUUACCCACUGAUGCCAAGAACAAUGCUUCUUCUACUCCCAUAUCAUCUGAUGAGGCUGAGAAGAAGGCGAACCUCGAGAGAAAAUCUUCCAGAUCGGUGUUCCAGAGACGGCCCACCAUUGACACCAAUAAACUAGGGACGCUGCAACAACCUAAGAUGACUAGAAUAAGCAGUGUUAGUAAUGGAGAAAGAGGAGCUCAGGUUAUGGCUGGUUGGCCUUCUUGGCUAGCUGCUGUUGCUGGAGAAGCUAUCAAUGGAUGGAUUCCGCGUAAAGCAGAUUCUUUCGAGAAGUUGGAAAAGAUUGGACAAGGGACGUAUAGCAGUGUGUACAAAGCCCGGGACUUGGAGACGAAUCAAUUAGUUGCACUGAAGAAAGUGCGGUUUGCUAACAUGGAUCCCGAGAGUGUUCGGUUCAUGGCAAGAGAAAUAAUUAUCCUACGAAGGCUUAACCAUCCCAACGUUAUGAAGCUUGAGGGUUUGAUCACUUCGAGGGUAUCAGGGAGCAUGUAUCUUAUAUUUGAAUAUAUGGAACACGAUCUCGCAGGCCUUGCUUCAACCCCUGGGGUUAAGUUCUCUGAGGCACAGAUAAAAUGCUAUAUGAAACAGCUGCUUCAUGGUCUAGAACAUUGCCAUAGCCGAGGUGUAUUGCAUCGUGACAUCAAGGGCUCUAAUCUGCUGCUUGACCAUAACAACAAUCUCAAAAUUGGUGAUUUCGGUCUUGCCAACUUCUACGGGGUCCACCAGAAGCAGCCUCUCACUAGCCGUGUUGUGACUUUGUGGUACCGUCCACCUGAACUAUUACUCGGGUCAACAGACUAUGAAGUUACUGUGGAUCUGUGGAGCACAGGAUGCAUUCUAGCUGAACUCUUUACUGGGAAGCCGAUCAUGCCUGGAAGAACCGAGGUAGAACAGUUACACAAGAUCUUCAAACUCUGUGGCUCACCUUCUGAAGAGUAUUGGAAAAGAUCGAAACUUCCACACGCCACCAUCUUUAAACCUCAGCAUCCUUACAAGCGGUGUGUAGCCGAGACAUUUAAGAGUCUUCCAUCUUCAGCGUUGGCCCUAGUUGAAGUUCUUCUAUCUGUAGAACCAGAUGCCCGUGGAACCACAGCUCAUGCACUUCAAAGCGAGUUCUUUACGACAAAGCCUUUUGCAAGCGACCCAUCAAGUUUACCAAAGUACCAACCGAGAAAGGAAAUUGAUGUGAAGCUUCGAGAGGAGGAAGCAAGACGAAAGAAAGGCACGAGCGGUAAACAGAAUGAGUCGAAACAAGUAUCUAAAGCUGUGCCGGCUCCAGAUGCCAAUGCCGAAUCACUGGCAUCAAUACAAAAACGUCAAGGGCAGAAUAACCAGACAAGCAUGAGUGAAAAGUUCAAUCCUAAUGAAGAUGCGGCUGGCUUCCGUGUCGAAGCACUGAAGAGUGGAACCGCACAAAACGGUUACACGCGUUAUGGAGUGUCUUCGGUUAAUAGAAAUGGAGAGAAUGUUAUGAUUGGUUCGAGUCGGUCUCCUCCUAGAAAAGAACUGAGAACACAACGGUCUUUUGUUCAACGCGGAGCAGCUCAAUUGUCAAAAUUCUCAAACUCGGUAGCUGCUAGAGAUGGAUCACAUUUCGCUAUAGCGAAUCCACGGUGGCUUGAAGACAGGUAUAACAAUAAUAACGGAAGGCAAAACGAUGGCGAUUGGUCCCAGCGUUUGAUGGUUAAGCCAAGAGAUUCGACAAAAGACAGAGAAUCUAUACCGGGUCACGGCGAAAAGACAGAGAGAAUGAACUACUCAGGGCCAUUGGCUUCUGCAGGAGGAAGCUUAGAUGAUAUGUUGAAAGAACAUGAAAGACAGAUUCAGGUAGCGGUUCGAAAAGCUCGGGUGGACAAGAAGACGACUAGGCAAGAUAAUGCACAGACUCGAGGGUUUAUUGCUGCAAAUAGCAGGUGACAUUACAGACCAGACGAUCGAAGAGAAGAAAAGAAAGAAAGGAAGAACGAAAGUUUGAGGUUUUGCAAUGUAGAGUCAAUUGAUUGAUGAGUUCUUGUGUGAAGUCGAAAGCUAAAAUUGUUUAAUUUGUUUAAUUUGCUUCAUUCUUUAAAAUCUAUUAUCAAUGUUAGUAGAAUUUUCCUCUAGUAAAGUCGUGAUUGUAGUUAAAAAAGAAAAGAA